CGAACAAAUCCGAAUGAUCAGUGACAGACGGUGACCUCUUACGUAAACUUAAGUUUUAUUCCGACCAUUUUACAUUUUCCAUUUCUCGAUCGAUUUUAAAAACGAAAAUGUUUUCUACCGUCUGUAAAGCUGGCCAACUGGCCACCAGGGCGGUAGUAAACAACACCAUAGAACGAGCGCCUCUAGCAACAGGAGUACUUGUGAACAAACGAGAUUAUGCAGCCAAAUCUUCAGCAAAGGGGCAAGGUAAGGUGGUUGCUGUUAUCGGCGCCGUAGUAGAUGUACAGUUCGAAGACAAUCUUCCACCUAUCCUAAAUGCUCUGGAAGUGCAAAAUCGCUCCCCCAGAUUAGUUCUGGAGGUAGCACAACAUUUGGGUGAAAACACUGUACGCACGAUCGCUAUGGAUGGUACAGAGGGAUUAGUUCGUGGACAACCUGUCAAUGACUCUGGUUCACCAAUUCGUAUACCCGUGGGCGCUGAAACACUUGGUCGCAUCAUUAAUGUUAUUGGGGAGCCUAUCGAUGAACGUGGUCCAAUUCCCACCGAUAAGACAGCUGCCAUUCAUGCUGAAGCACCAGAAUUUGUAGACAUGUCUGUACAACAAGAGAUUCUGGUAACUGGUAUCAAGGUAGUCGAUCUAUUAGCUCCUUAUGCCAAAGGAGGCAAGAUUGGUUUAUUUGGUGGUGCAGGUGUAGGUAAAACUGUACUAAUUAUGGAACUUAUUAACAAUGUUGCCAAGGCUCAUGGUGGUUAUUCUGUAUUUGCUGGAGUAGGUGAACGUACUCGUGAGGGCAAUGACUUGUACCAUGAAAUGAUUGAAUCUGGUGUGAUUUCACUUAAAGACAAGACAUCUAAAGUAGCAUUGGUAUAUGGACAGAUGAAUGAGCCCCCAGGUGCCCGUGCUCGUGUAGCUUUGACCGGAUUAACUGUUGCUGAGUAUUUUAGAGAUCAAGAGGGACAAGAUGUACUACUUUUCAUUGAUAACAUUUUCCGUUUCACCCAAGCUGGUUCAGAGGUAUCUGCCCUGUUGGGACGUAUUCCCUCUGCUGUAGGUUAUCAGCCUACUUUGGCUACCGACAUGGGUACCAUGCAGGAACGCAUUACCACUACCAAAAAAGGAUCUAUUACAUCUGUACAAGCUAUUUAUGUCCCAGCUGAUGAUUUAACUGAUCCUGCUCCUGCUACAACUUUUGCUCACUUGGAUGCCACCACUGUACUAUCCAGAGCUAUUGCUGAACUGGGUAUCUACCCAGCUGUAGAUCCUCUUGACUCUACUUCACGUAUUAUGGAUCCUAAUAUCAUUGGAGCUGAGCACUACAAUGUCGCCCGUGGUGUACAAAAAAUCCUUCAGGACUAUAAAUCACUACAGGAUAUUAUUGCUAUUUUGGGUAUGGAUGAACUUUCUGAGGAAGACAAGUUGACUGUUGCUCGUGCACGCAAGAUACAAAGGUUCUUGUCACAACCUUUCCAAGUAGCUGAAGUUUUCACAGGACAUGCAGGAAAAUUAGUUCCUCUUGAAGAAACCAUUAAGGGCUUCUCUCAGAUUCUGAGAGGCGAGUAUGAUCAUCUACCUGAGGUAGCUUUCUAUAUGGUUGGACCUAUUGAAGAAGUUGUGGCAAAAGCUGAAACACUUGCCAAGAAUGCAUAAGCAGUCAAUAUCAGCAUUUAGGGGAAAUAAUGUUACUAUUAUUAAAUAAUAUUUAUUCAAUAAACUGCCAAGCCCAUUACUAAAUCACUGUAGUGUGAUAGUUGUAUAAUUUACGAUUACAAAACCACAUUAAAUUAUGUAAUCAUA